AUGUCAUGUGAUGCGUUGAAACAAUUCAUCAAAGACUUCAAACGCCCAAGCCUCUCUGUCGCUGUUGGGAUCUGUUCUACCGUUGUUGGUUUCUUUACAUUACUCGCUGGACUCAUUCUCGGAGCACUCACCAUUUGGACAGACACUUCCAGCUCUAAAUCCUUCAACGCCAAUGAUUCCAAAUUCUGGUGGGAAUUGUUGGUCGGCUUGACCACUGCAGGAGCAAUUCUCAUGGGCUUUGGACUAUGUGCUGUAUGUGGUGGUUGCUUGGGAUGUUAUUUUGGAUGGGUUCAUCAAUUUAGAAUGUGCUGUGGUGAAGAGUGUUGUUUGUGUAUUGGAGAUGGAUGUGCAUGUUUACCUGAGAAAGUACUAGAAAGCUCAUGUUGUGCGUAUUUGAAUAAGUUUAGAGAUGGACCAAUUGUCUGA